AUGGAACGAUUGCAUGUCAAGGGCAUGGAAUUGAAGGAUGGCCAUGAUGAACCUGACCGACAUGAUCAUCACAAGAAUGGUAUGGUCUCUAGGAUGUGGACGGUUUUGGCAUGGCGUAAGACAUUGGACUUUUUGGGAAGAAAAAUGUGGUUGGCAAGUGACAUGCAAGGGAUGGAUCACAACAACAACCAACAUGAAACGUCUUCUUCUCUCCAUUCCACGUUCACAUCCAAUGUCAUCAACACCAUCAACACCAUCAACAGCAACAACAACAAUACUCAUUCUCCUCUUCAACCUCCUGCUGAUGUCCUUCUCUACUAUUACAAUGCUUCCGAUUUUGAAUUUCUCGUUUCCAAUCUCACCAAUAACACUCAAGCAGCUCAAGGAUUAAUCGUCUUGACUGCCUCUUCAACCUUACAGAGUUGGAUUAUUAUUCCUUUGAGAAUGAUGGUCAUUGUCAUGGAUGUCAUUCUUUUCUUUGGACUUGUCAUUUUUCGAAAUAAGGAACCUGUGAAAUCCAAAUUCAUACCAAGCAUGUUAUUGUUAUUCGUGAAUUUUAUUGGUAAUUUACAGAGUAUUGUUGACAGGAUUCCUGUCGUGAAAUUAUUAUUUCAAACGUAUUGGAAUGAAUACUUGUUAGAGAAAUUGGCAAAUCCAUUGUUGGAUGCGAGUUUGUAUUUUUCUGAACAUUUAUUUGAACCUUAUCAGUUACCGAGAUGGUUUAUCGAUUGGGCUGUGUUUACCAAUGUGUAUUGCUAUCUUGUGGCGUAUGGAUUGUAUACCAUUUCUAUUUUGGGAGUUGUCAUUUAUAAUAUUCAAUUAUCUCGAUUCUUGUUGUUAACAUUUUUGAAAGAACGAAAAGACCAAUUUCGAAAUGCCAUGAUUGCAUUUAAGGAAAAACAAUUGGAAAAGUGGAAAAAUGUGAAAAUGCAGAAAUUACAAGAAAAGGAACGUCAAAAAAACACUGAAACUGGUGGUGUGAAUUUAUCUUCGUUAGAAAAACGAAAAUCUGUCAAAUCUCUGUCACGUGCCUCCGUGUCCUCACUCUCGAGUUCAUCCGUGGAUGUCACAAGUCAAACGCAUUUAGUGCCAACGAUCAACUUGGCAGCUGUUCAAUCCGUGUCGAGUUCAACUUCGACAGAUUCUCUUCCAGCCGUGACCCCUCGAUCUUCAAUGAUUUACAACACCAUGCAAGGAACGGAUGAAGCAUUGACCGAUGACAGCUUUGACACUGAAGAUAUGGUGGUCGAUUUGACAAGCGAUGACGAUGCCGUGUCCACUUCCUUAGAAGAAAUUUCCAAGUUUGGAAAGGGUGUGAAAAUUUUGAAAUUCCUUGAACGUUAUCGAUUGAUCGACAUCGGAAUUUACACCAUGUGGCUUGUCAUUUGGUGGAUUCUAGUCUCGAUUGCAAUUUUUACAGUUUCCACAGAUACGACUGGAGCUAUUUUCCCAAAAUGGAAUUUAAUCCGAGGAUAUUGUUCUGGAAAUGCCUAUCUGAACGUCAUCACCUUUGCUCUCAUCAUGUUUUCAGUGAUCUUUUUAGUGGCCAUGAUUUCCUGGUUUUUCGAUUUAUUUGUAUCCAUUUACAAGUAUGUCAAACGUCGAAAAGCUGACCAACUCAACUCUGUGAAAACUUCCAAUUUUUUAUUUUACCACUUUGUUGAGACAGAUCCAUUUGUCUACAGAGCAACCUUUCUCAUGAAUAUGAUAUUCUCAUUUAUUGGUGCUGUGAUUGCAUUGUUUUUUUGGAAUUCCACAAAUUUUGUUGGAUCUCUCAUUAUUGAUUUAUGUUUCACAUUAUUUGUGAACUUUUUAGGAGGAUGUGUCGCAAAUCCAGGAAUUACAGUAGCACGAGCAUUGUAUGAUUAUGUGAAAACUUCUUCUCAUAGAAGUAAGAAAACAAAUUCCACACAAGAUCAACCUUCGAAAUCGACAACGAUUAAGAAUUUGAAAGAAUUGGUACAUGCGCCUUCUUCGUCUGAUUGUUUGAAUUAUAUUAUUGCUCAUGCGAAGGAAAGAGAAUUGUUUUAUAGUCAUCUCAGAGAGGAAUUUUCUUCUGAGAAUUUAUUGUUUACCGAAGCAUUGACGAGUUUGAAAAAGAUUAAUGACAAGUUUAUGAGAAGAAAAAUGAUGAAACUGAAAGAAAUUGUCAAGUUGUACUUGUCAGAGUCGGAAUCUGUGUUUGAGGUGAAUUUGCCCUCUGUGUUGGUGAGAAAUCAAUUGAAGCCGUAUUUUGUUGUCACUAAAUUUAUGGAUGAACAGAACAUGUCCGUGAAUGAUUUACCAAAAAUGUUGAAAGAUGUUGCUGCUCAAAUGUUUCCCAAUGUCACUCAAGAUGUGGAAACAAAGGUCAGAAAUGCUUACACUGAAAUUUGUCAUCCACAAUUUUUAAGUGGAGUUCAAACUGAGGUUUACAAGAAUUUAUUGGAUUCGUAUUUCCGAUUCAUGGGCUCGAGAAAAUGGUUGAAUUUUGUGAAGGAGAAUAAUGUGUGA